AGGUGUUUCCUGUCCCGUUGGGCGUUGUGAUCUAGGGAUUAUUAUUAUUAUUUUAAGGACAACAGAUCAGGCAUAUUGAAGGGUUAUCGUUACGAUGGAGGUCCAAGGAUGUGGUAUUAAAUCUCCGCCCAGAGUGAUUAUGUUCCAGGUGUCGCAGCCAACCGAUAAGCGGCACAGCAGCGGCCAGCAAGCGCCGGGUGGUCUUAGCUUGGCAAUAUUCGUGACCCCACACAGGUGCGAACUCUCACGCUCAUUUUACUCGGCAGCGGGAAUGCCGGAAAGAAGCCUCCACCCAAUGGCGGAGCAUGGGCUGUUGGAUCAAAACAAGUUGGGGCGCGUGGUUGAUUGCAUCGGUCUACCCACAGAUGUCUAUACAACAAGUCUUGAACUUCUAAUCUCAGUUCAAGGUCUCGAUCAACAUUGCGAUACUUACCCGAAUGCCGCAGGCUUCGACUGUUGCCUGUCUACGACGCCCCCCCCUACUUUAACCCCAGAGUCUUCUUGCUUCUUUCCAUCUCGACACUUCGCUGCUGCGGACCUUCAGCAUAGCAAAACCAGCAACCCGCUAUGAGUCCCGAGGCUAUCAGGAACAAGAUCAACCUUGAGAAUGGGAAUGCAUAGGCUUGAGCAAAUCUGACUUUGGGGAGCGUUAAUUAGAGGGG